AUGGCAGACACACGAGACACACCAACAUCUACAGUGGUGCCGACGCCCUCCAACAGCACUCCCAACUCGAGACCCUCAACGCCCUCGCUCACUACCCCUCCGAGCACGGUCACUGUCAGUGACAAGCCGCAAGAUGAUUCUUCCCGCCUCAAGCUCUUUCUGGGCUUGCUCCGAAAAUUUAUCGGCGUCCCAGAUAUGGCUGCAGUACGGUUUAGUCUGCCAGCGCAGUUGAUAGAGCCGAUCCCAAAUUUAGAGUACUGGCACUAUCUAGACCGACCAGAAACAUUCAUAAGCAUUGGGCAGUCGGAGCAAGACUUGGGGCGCAUGCUUGAAGUGUUGCGCUUCUGGUUUACCAAGGACUUGAAAUAUGUCAAGGGAAAGCCUUGCAAACCCUACAACUCAGUGCUGGGCGAGUUCUUCAGGUGUAAUUGGGAGCUCAAUGCAGAUGCUGGAGCAAUAUCAGAUCCCGCACACGCUCCUCCACAAGCUCCUGCCGAUCCAAUGGACAAGUCCAAGCAGAAUCUGGAGAAGCCGGUCACCCUAUCAUACAUGACCGAGCAAACCUCACAUCAUCCUCCAGUAUCAGCGUACUACAUGGAAUGCCCAGAAAGAGGCAUCAUCGGAUAUGGCUACGAUCAGCUGUCUGCAAAGUUCACCGGAACCGCCGUUCGAGUAGUUGCCGGCAAUUACAAUCAAGGAAUCUUCAUCAAGCUGCCGAAGCGGGACAACGAGGAAUACCAGCUCAGCCACCCGGCAGCGAAUCUGAGCGGCCUCCUCAAAGGCUCACUGUACAUUUCCGUGUCCGAUACAUGCUUCAUCACCUGUCCGAAAUCCAAGCUCAAAACUAUUCUCACCUACGCCGAAGAGGGUUGGCUAGGAAGAGCGCAGAACAAAGUGUUUGGUGUGGUAUACAGGUACGAUCCGAACAACGACAAAUACACACGCAUUAAGGACGUUCCGGAGAAAGACGUGCUAGCCAAGAUCGAAGGAUGCUGGCAAGAACAGAUCUUUUACUGGCUAGCCGGCGACAAGAAGGCCGAGAAGGACACCAGCGCGCGCCAACUUCUCAUGGACGUCUCACCGCUCAUGCCGGUGCCGAAGAUCUGCCCUCCACCCGAGGAGCAGCUUGUGAAUGAGUCACGGAAGUUCUGGAAGGAUCUAACCAUCGCCAUUCAGGAGAAGCGCUUUAACGACGCGAACAAGAUAAAACAGAACAUAGAGCAAGCACAAAGAGAUAAAGCCGCCGAAAGAAAGACACAGGGGGCCGAAUGGAAGCCUCGAUUCUUCCAGGAAGUCACCGAUCCAGAUGGUAAACCCCAUCUCAGCGACGAAGGGAAAUUGGCUAUGGAGGGAUUACAGUCCAAGAAUUUCGUUCUCAAGGAGCCCGAGACGACGGGAGCGUAG